AUGGCCACUAUCCUGUUGAAGCUCCUUCUCCCAAAGUUCGAGGUUGGUUUCGGUGCUUUCGAGUAUACGCUCGAGUAUGCCAGAGUAGCCUGCCUGGCGCACCGUGCUCGGCUAGUGGUUGAUGUUGUUUUCGUGUCGCGCAAGAUCAAGGCGCCUCAGACCCGUGGAGCCAUGUGGCAGGUGAGAAGGACAGGGCAAUGGGCAUGGACUUUGUCGCCCAGGCACGCCUCGGGAUCCCGGAGACAGACGCACAGCCACAUCAGGUUCCAAGUUAAGUUUGCUGUGUUGGCUUCUCCGAACUCCCACACAUUUGCGUCUCUGUUUGCAGCUGAGCUGGAAAAGUUCACAAGGUCCGGGGAAGCCGAACUUUUGGCCGCCACCUCAACGCUGUGUGACGCGUUGUUCGUCCGCCGGCAGUUGCUCUCCUUCAUCGCCGAUGUCGAUCCUCCACAGGUGCACCGCUUUCUUGACGCGCGUGCGGCGAAGGCAAUCAUGCAGCGGCGUUGGCCGCGUGCGACACCUGAGUGUACAUCACGUGUGUUGUGGUCCCAACAGCUGGUGGCCGAGCAGGUGAUUGCCCUGCACAAAGUGGGGACUUCAGUCAACGUUGCGGACUUGAAUACCAAAGGGGUUUCCAGGGGUCGCAUGCUUACACAAUUGAAUCUCCUCGGAUGUUGGCACACCUUACGGGAGUGCUUUGUGGGAGAAGAUGAAAUCGCAGAGCUGCAUUACCGUGUUUCUUCAACCUGCACCGUUAGCAAACCGAUGGUGCAAGCCAUCGUGGUGGCCGUCAUAUGCGCCUUGGGCCGGGCCACGGGCAAUCCUGAUGGUGAAGACGGCUUGAUUGAUCAGGGCGAUGACUUACCUGACUGGGCCAAGCGGGUUCUAGUUUGGUUCCUAGGCUUGUGGGUCCGUGAUGAUACAGAUGUGUCCAUUGUUGACAUGCUUAUGCAGCCUUCU